AUGAGUGUGGAUUACCAACAGUUGACUUUAAAACUGUUUACAUUUUGGCUUCCAUGCCUCUGGAGUAGGAUGAAAAUAUCUAAUAUUUUUUUUCCUGUGGUGAGCUGUCAGACUCUAUUUGCACAGUCUGCAUCUCCCAUCUGGCCUGGAAUGUUGGAUGGCAGUGUUCAGAAAGAGCAGUGUGUACAUACAGAAAUGCAACCUUCUCUCAUUGACCCCCUCAGAGCUGAUUUAUGCUUUGUCCUCAGCUCAGUACUUAGCUAUUCAGUUUGCAUUCCAUUUCGCUGCAUUUUGUACUCAUAUACUGCAUUUUUGUUGGCUUUUUUUCCUCUUUGUAAGCAGAUUUUUUAA